UGGAGACACAGCAUAUACCAGAGAUUAAAAAACAGGAAUCUUGAUUGAAGUUCCACUAGUCUCCCUCGGCAAGCGGGCUAAAGAGAUAGACAGAUAUAGAGCGAGAGAGAGAGAGAGGUACAGGGGGAGCGAGAGGUACGGCGAGUGAGAAAGAGUGGGAGGAAGAAAAAGCGAGAAGGGGAGACAGCGCAGAGUGGGCGGGAGGGGGAAUGAGUGAGAGCGAGAGAGAGAGGGAGAGAGAAGGGGAGAGACAGGAAGCGUGCCACAGCAACCGAGCCAGAGAUGCAGGGAGGAAGAUCGAGCAAGAGGAAGACAGAGAGGCCCUGAGCAGCGGAGAGGCCAACAGGGUGACGUAGAAAGGACUACAGCGUGGAAGUAAAGGGAGAGGACUGGCGGAGCAGGAAAAGGGGGAGGAAAGACUGAGGAAUACAAUCAGAAACAGGAAAGGGGAAGAGUGGGUGGGGGUCCGAACGGAAGAAAGUUUCUGAGAGCGAGGGAAAGAGCGGGAGAGAGAAGUCAAUGAGAAAAACAUUCCACGUGAAUGGCAAGUCCUGGAAGCCGCAGGAAAAGCCUUUUCUAUAGGGAGUUCCUCUAUGCCGGCCGGACAGUUUCCGUCAUGUUCUCAGACACCUCAGCGCCUGGGGAGCACAGGGUUCUUCAGCACAGCAACCCUAAUCUAAACCUCUGGUUCCACAACGGACUCGGGGCCCAUCACAGCGACAUGGGACUCAAUGGGCAGUGCAGGCGGGUUGAUGCCAACCCCAUCUAUUCCAACAGAUUCAAAGAGGUAGGCUUUACAGCACAAGAGGCAACAAACAACACACAUGAGACGGAAAGAACCGGUCCUCAGCUAAAUGGACUGGGACUGGAGGCUAGGAGGCUACGCUUUGCCUCUCUUUAUGUGCAGUCCGAUUCGAGUAGUCAAGAGGGCCGCCCCUCCAGAUGGAGCCAGGGCUUGUCUCCAGAGCUAGGCCUGAGACAUACCAUGUCUGGAAGGAGCCAUUGCACAGAAAGCUCCUUUGUUGGGAACCACCGGCAAACUUUACCACACCCCUCAGUCAGGAAAUGCUUGACAGGCACCGCCCUUGGCCUGGCUCCGCCAACUCAGUUCAAAGGUCAAGACGGCUGUAAAGUGCCUGCUUGUUUGGAAGACCAGCUUCAGGGCCAUUCCAGACAGACCUGUCAGAGAGACCUUUCUACGUUCAGCUUAAUGGAUUCGGCAACAGUCACACAGGACCGACCCAGACACCAAAGUUUCAGUUCCACUUUGAGUUCCAAAAAAGGGAAAAGCCAAAACAGCCAUAGAGAUAUGACUAGACCGGCAAGAGGCCCAGAGACCAGACUAGACAAGAAAGAUUUGACAAAACCUGUGGAGGGUUACAACGGACCCAGCUGUCUACAUGAGAUCAUCUUCUCCACAGAGAUUCCUCAGAAAAAUAUGAAAGGUCCCACACCAAAACCCCAGCAGAGUCCCAGUAAGUCCUUUCCUACCACAGAGGACAUCCAAACCAGGCCCCCCAGUGCCAACCAGGGCUCCAGUAGAGGGACAAGCCGGGCUGGGUCAAAAAGGAGCCAUCAGAAGGUGGUUCGGGAUCAGAUUCAGAGAGUGGUGAAGAACCUGGAGGAGGUUCUAGGAGGCCUGAAGGACGUCCAUCAGGAGAUGAAAGAGGUGGUGCAGCAGAUUGAGUUACUGACCUCGUCCAUUGACCUGAGUGAAGGGGAGGCCAGCCCCAGCUUGCACAGUGACAGCAGCUCCACGUCCAGUUCCAGCGGAGUGGCGAUGAGCAGCGGCCGCCAGAGGCCCGGUGGAGAGGAGGCCCGGCCGGGGGCUGCAGCUCUGUCCUCCCACAUCAGGACUCAUUUACCACAGCCACACAACCCUCCCUCCAGACCAGUCUGCCUCCCCCGCCAACCUUGUCCCAGUAAGAGUAGCUCCAUUCGCCCUAACACUCCUGGGGUGUCGCCCCUCACAUCAAACCGCACCAACCCACACCAAACCAACACCCAUGACCUCUCAGUCAAGACCAAGAGCCCACAUUACCCACACAUCACUCUGUCAUCCCCCAACAAAACCAGUCUGCUUUACCCCAUUAACCCAAGAUCCAGCGCUGCUCUCUAUCACAACCUUGGGCUUUCACCCCACAGAGGCGUGCCCACCACUCACACCCCAGGUCCUUCUGUCACCCUAGAGACCCACACAGGGCCACACAUGGGGGAUCUCCCUGUCAGCCCACCCAGAGACCGUGAGACCCAGACCCAAGGUGAGGGGGUGAUGCCAGCAUCUGCUAAAUCACCGGGGCUAAACCCGGGCCAGACAGCCCCACAAGGCCAAGGGAGGGUUCCAGGCUCUAGGGGCCACAAACCACCUCCCUACCCCCACAACAGACACUCAGAUCGGGUGGCAAGUAAAGGCAAGGACCCCAGGAAAGCUCCCCCGUACCCUGUGAAGAGAAGACUGCUGUCCACCACGGUGUGACAGGAAGGCAGUUGGCUGGAUAGACCCACAGAGCUGCAGGAGCAGAGGGCUGAUUUAAUGCUUUCCAACUCGAUCCACAGCAGAAACUAUGUUUCCACGGUGACGGGAAGCAUCUCGGGGUAAGUAUACAGUGCGUCAGCAAAGACCUGCU